CGUCCACAAUUCGUUUCACUCUCGUCUCUUGACCAUGAAGGACGUAAUUGUUUGCGACGUUGGCUCUCAUUCUAUCAAGCUUGGUUUUGCAGGAGACCAUGUUCCGUCUCUAGUAGUGCCCUGCUUCUACGGCAAAUCCGAUCGUGGUGCAAAGGAAACUGUCUAUUUUGGAGCCGAAGCGUUGGAAGAAUCGGGAGUAAACAGAAUCGAGCUCAAGUUGGUUUUCGAUGCAGCUGGAACUGUGAAAGAGUGGCGUCGAUUCGAAGAGUUGUUUACUUGGGCGCUGCGCAAGCUUGUUGGCGACGACGAAAACGCUGGUGUGUUCUCGAGUUUGAAGCUGUUCCUCCCUCGUCCGGCCAACAUGAAUAAUGACGAGCUUCAAAAGUUGUCGGAGCUCCUGUUCGAAAAGCUGAAGUUCCGAGCCGUCACAAUGCAACCAGAAGCAGCACUUAUUCUGAUGGUGCAAGGGCACCAAACGACUGGUCUCAUCGUCGAGGCAGGUGCUGGAUCAAUUCGCUUGUUGCCGGUGUAUCAUGGGCACGCCAUUGUUGCCGCGAACCGUCGAAUUCCAAUUGGCGGACGGGUUAUGACCCGCCAUCUUGUCAAGCUCCUUGGCGACCAGGGUUAUCCAUUGAACGCCAAGCGAGACUUUGACCUCAUUGUGUCCGAUCCCACCAAGCAGUCGUUUUGCUAUGCCGCUCCGUCGUAUGCAGAAGAGAAACGAUGCAGCAUGGAAACGUCGCUGCUCUUGGAGCAGACUCAGCUCCUCGAUGGCACAGAAGUCGACCUUGAAAAGGAACGAUUUGAGACUGUGGAAUGCAUGUUCAACCCGUCGCUUCUCGGGAUCGAAGCGAAAGGGAUUGGUCAUGCAAUUGUCGAGCUAGUGGCUACAUCAAUUCCUCUCGACUGCGUGAAGGACAUUGUUUCUCGCAUCAUCUUGUCGGGAGGUCUCUCGCGCAUUCCAGGGUUGUUGGAGCGACUUCAAGCAGAAGUUCGAACUCAGUUCCGGGACGAGAAGCAAUGGAACCCACGGUUCCGCGAAGAGAAGAACUGGACCCCCUUGCAGGUGGAAAACAUUUCUGUCGAAUUGGCGAACGAAGAGUUUUCUUUGUUCCAUGGCGCCUCCAUUGUUGGGGACGCCAUUGGCAUGAAACGAGAGUUUUGGGUGACCCAGAACGACUACAAAAGAGAUGGUGUACCAGGGUUGCUGAAGAAAUGCCGGUUGUAGGCGGGUCCGAGCGCUCUUGCAUAGACCCGGCCACCAAUAAACUUCCGGGCGCCGAAUGAUUGAAUCAACAACAGCACAACAGAAGAUCAAAGAUUCGGCAUAGAUGACUCGACUCCCAUGAAGGAGUGUUAUUCUUCGUGUUACCCACACUUACAUUUUGUCAAAGCAAUUGAUGCGUACUGGCUAGUCGAUCUACUAGUGCAGGCUCUACUAAAAUAAAAUGAAAGAACGUGAACCUAU